UCAGAGAAGAGACAGACUCUUGCACCGAGCAGGAAAUGGCAAAUGGUAACAGCACUUCUUCUGUGGCUCGGUUGUCUGGACUACAACUGGCCAUCAGUCACUUACAGACAGUGUCCCUGGUCAUCUACUGUGUGAUAUUUGUGAUUGGGACUGUUGGUAAUGGUCUGGUCAUCUACGUAACAGGCUUCAGAAUGAAGAGAACAGUCAACUCUGUGUGGUUUCUCAACUUGGCUCUGGCUGACUUCCUCUUCAUGACCUUCCUGAUUUUCUCAAUCAUCUCUCUCUCCCAGAAGCAUCAAUGGCCGUUUGGACGGCUCAUGUGCAAGCUUAACAACUUUGUCAACCUUGUCAACAUGUUUGCCAGCGUCUUUCUUCUGACAGCCAUAAGUCUGGAUCGUUGCUUCUCCGUCUGGGUGGUGGUGUGGGCACACAAUAAACGCACCGUUUGCAAGGCUCAGAUAAUAAGUGCUGUAAUCUGGGUGGUUGCUGGGAUCUGCAGCAUCCCUAAUGUCACUUUUCGCACCCUUAUGGAGAGAAAUAACAUGACGUUUUGUGUUUAUCCUGGAACAAUGACAAGUGGACAAAAAUGGAGCCUUAUUAGUUUCCGCUUUGUCAUGGGGUUCCUCAUCCCAUUCCUGGUCAUUCUCGUGUCUCAUGUGGCCAUAGGCGUCCGUGCCAGCCGCAUGCAUAGAAUAAAGAAAAAGAGAUCUCGCCGAGUAAUUUUCUCCAUUAUUUUUGCAUUUUUCAUCUGUUGGUUGCCCUUUCAUGUUUUCAGUUUCAUGGAAUUGAAAGUGAGCGAUAACCCAGGUCUCAUAAACAUUCUUCGUAUCGGAUCUCCUCUAAGUUUGAGCCUGGCUUACAUGAACAGCUGUCUGAACCCCAUUCUCUAUGUCUUCAUGUGUAAUGAGUUUCAGAAGAAGCUUCAACAGUCAGUAUGUUUGGUUUUAGAGAGUGCCCUGGCAGAGGACAACCUCUCAUUUGCAUCCUCUCGAUCCUUGUCUUCACACUUUUCACGGAUUUCCCGAAAGUCAGAUUCUGCUCCUCCUUUAGAUGUCAACGAUGCAACUCCUCCUUUAACCUUCACUGCAGCCAUCACUGAGGGGACAAAAGACAAAAGAAAUUGCAGUAUUAGUGAAAAAUAAUACAGAUGGCAAUAUAAACAUACCAUAUGUCUCAAAGUGUGAUAUCUGUGAACAAUAGACCUUUUUGCUGUGUUUUGAUCAUAUUGACUUUUUCUCAUCGUAAAGUAUCUAAUUAUGAAGGUCUAUUUGUGGAUGGUGAAGACAUCCUCCGAUUUUCCUACAUCUGGCUUUAUUUGUAGAUUGAGCAGCUUCUGAAUACUUGUGGAUGUUCUAUUGCAUCAGGUUGUACUUAAACUGAAAUAAUGAAUAUAAGCUUUAUAAGAAUAUUAAACGUUUAAGGCGUGCUCUCUAAAACCCCCAAUAUUAAACAGUUAAACAUAUUUGUGAACAAAUGUAUUAUUUUAUUUUUUUCUAUACUUUUGAAGCCAUUUAUGUUACAGUGUGUAACUGUAGACCAUUAUCCAUAUCAGCAUACAGGAUACUCUUGACAGAGAUUGAGCAUAGUUCAGUGAAAAACAUCGACGUAUGUCACUGACUCAGUGAUCUAUUGAGUCCAAAGCGCUGAAGAAUUGUAGCUCUGCUUUUCCAAAUUAAAAAAUCAUACCGAAAAGGAAGGUAGAGUAACAGGUUGCUUUCCUUUGUCUUUACCUCCCACUUCUUUUUUGUUUUUGUUUUUACAACUUCCUUUGUGUUGGUAAUGUUGACUCAAAUUAUAUCAUUUUUAGUUUCAUAUGUUUUU